UUUGCUGUAUGUGGGUGGAGAACUUGUGAGGUUGUCGGUUGUUCCUGUAAUGGCGGAACGCGGGGACUCCGAUGCCGAGCGAUACAAUAACGACAUUAGGAUGGCACAGCAGCAGCAACAGCCUGCGUUACGGUUUCGUGGCCCUACGCCACCACCAGCUGCUGUUUUGAGGGGUCCUCCUCCGCUUUUGCGCCCCCCUCCUCCUUUUGGCAUGAUGCGUGGACCUCCACCACCUCCACGUCCCCCAUUUGGGAGACCUCCCUUUGACCCAAGUAUGCCACCAAUCCCACCACCGAGUGGUAUUCCUCCUCCGAUGGGUCCUCCCCAUCUUCAGCGACCUCCCUUCAUGCCCCCACAUAUUGGAAGUAUGCCACCUCCUGGAAUGCUUUUCCCACCUGGAAUGCCUCCGGUGUCUUCUCCUGCUACUGUAUCUAAUCCCAGUCCAAACACUGCUCCUACACAAGCUCCAACUUUGCCUCCAAAUGAGGAAAUCUGGGUGGAGAACAAGACCCCAGAUGGAAAGGCCUAUUUCUACAAUGCUCGUACCCGUGAAUCUUCAUGGACUAAGCCCGAUGGUGUGAAAGUCAUCCAGCAGUCGGAACUGACUCCAAUGAUGACAUCUCAAGUACAGACCCAAGCGCAAGUAGUCCAGGCACAAGUGGCUCAGGCUCAAGCAGCACAAGUUCAGGGACAAGGCCAAGUGCAGACCCAGGCAACUAAUGCACAGGUCAUUUCAGGUGCCUCUCCAACUACAAGUAGUUCAACCUUAAUGGUAUCUUCAUCCGCAACUUCAUCUAGUCAGUCUUCUACAACGAGUACUAGCACAUCGACAUCUGUCUCACAGGUUGUUCCUAGUUCAUCUGCUCCAGAUCAGUCCCCAAGUAUUACUGUGACUACAACAUCUCCAGUCAGUGUUGCGGCUUCUCUGUCCACAGUCUCUUCAGUUCAGACUCUUUCUCAACAAUUAUCACAGACUUUGCCACCAACUCUUUCUCAUGCUUUGCAACAGCCCACGGCAGCCAUUCCAGCUUUCCCUCCCGUGAUGGUACCACCAUUUCGUGUCCCCCUUCCUGGCAUGCCCAUACCGCUACCAGGUGUAGCAAUGAUGCAAAUAGUAAGCUGCCCGUAUGUAAAGACAGUGGCUACUACCAAAACCGGUGUCUUGCAGGGACUCGCUCCUCCAAUUGUUCCAAUGAUUCAUCCUCAAGUUGCCCUUGCUGCUUCCGCAACGCUAGCGGGAGCGACAAUAGUGUCAGAGUGGUCAGAAUAUAAAACUGCUGAUGGCAGAAUGUACUACUAUAAUAACCGCACUUUGGAAUCCACAUGGGACAAACCUCAGGAACUGAAAGAGAAAGAUAAGGAAGUGGAGAAACUUAAAGAGCCUGUUAAGACGGAACCAGCUGUGGAAGAGCCCCAGCCAAUGGAGGCUGAGGAAGAAGUGCCAAAGGAAGAACCUCCCAAGGAAAUAAAGGAGGAGCCAAAAGAAGAAGAAAUGACAGAGGAGGAAAAAGCUGCCCAAAAAGCCCGGCCAGUGGCUACAACACCAAUACCUGGCACUCCAUGGUGUGUGGUGUGGACAGGCGAUGAACGAGUCUUCUUCUACAAUCCCACCACACGUCUCUCGAUGUGGGACAGGCCGGAAGAUCUCAUUGGAAGAGCUGAUGUAGACAAAAUCAUUCAGGAGCCCCCACAUAAGAGAGGAUUAGAGGAUGACAAAAAAUAUUUCAAAGAAGAUCAUGAAUCAGCCGAAGAUGCUAAUGAUGAUGAACCCAUAAAAGCGAAGAAGAGGAAAAAAGAAGAAACCGAGUCAGACAAAGAAACGGCUAUGGAUGCUGAAAUUAAAGCUGCUCGUGAGCGAGCCAUCGUUCCACUGGAUGCUCGAAUGAAACAGUUUAGAGAUAUGUUGCUGGAGAGAGGGGUAUCAGCAUUUUCUACUUGGGAAAAGGAGCUCCACAAGACCGUAUUUGACCCUCGUUACUUACUCCUCAACCCGAAAGAAAGGAAACAGGUGUUUGAUCAGUAUGUCAAGACAAGGGCAGAGGAGGAAAGGAGGGAAAAGAAAAACAAGAUUAUGCAAUCAAAGGAAGACUUCAAGAAAAUGAUGGAGGAGGCAAAAAUUAAUCCAAGGAAUACAUUUAGCGAAUUUGCAACCAAACAUGCCAAAGAUCUCCGCUUCAAAGCUAUUGAAAAAAUGAAAGAUCGUGAAACCAUAUUUAAUGAAUACAUGGUUGCAGCACGAAAGAAAGAGAAAGAGGAUUCCAAAAAUAAAGGAGAAAAGGUGAAGCAGGACUUCUUUGACCUCUUAGCCAGUCACCAUUUGGAUGCACAGUCUCGCUGGAGCAAAGUCAAAGACAAAAUAGAAAAUGAUCCUCGGUACAAGGCAGUAGAGAGCUCAUCAGCUAGGGAGGAGCUUUUCAAGCAGUAUAUUGAGAAGAUAAUAAAAAAUUUAGAUGCAGAAAAAGAGAAGGAACUGGAAAGACAAGCUCGUAUCGAGGCCAGCUUACGUGAGCGAGAGCGGGAGGUUCAGAAGGCGCGAUCUGAGCAGACCAAGGAAAUUGACAGGGAGCGGGAGCAGCACAAGCGAGAAGAGGCAAUCCAGAAUUUUAAAGCUCUUCUGUCUGAUAUGGUACGAUCAUCUGAUGUUUCAUGGUCUGACACCAGAAGGACUCUUAGAAAAGAUCACCGAUGGGAGUCUGGCUCCCUGCUGGAAAGGGAAGAAAAGGAAAAGCUUUUCAAUGAACACAUUGAUGCUCUUACUAAAAAGAAGCGUGAAUAUUUCAGACAACUGCUGGAUGAAACGUAUAGUAUCACUUUAACAUCAACGUGGAAGGAGGUAAAGAAGAUAAUUAAAGACGAUCCUCGCUUCAUAAAAUUUUCUUCCAGUGACCGGAAAAGACAACGGGAAUUUGAAGAAUAUAUCCGAGACAAACACAUCACUGCCAAAGCUGACUUUAGGACUCUCUUGAAAGAGACUAAAUUCAUUACAUACAGAUCGAAAAAAUUAGUUCAAGAAUCUGACCAGCACCUGAAAGAUGUUGAAAAGAUACUGCAAAAUGACAAACGCUAUCUAGUACUUGACUGCAUUCCUGAUGAACGACGGAAGCUUAUUGUAUCCUAUGUAGAUGACCUUGACAGACGUGGCCCCCCACCCCCACCAACUGCCUCAGAGCCUGCACGAAGAUCCACAAAAUAGUGGGACAUUUCACAAACUGGUAUAACGUCCAUUCAUACCUCUGCAUGAGACACCUGCAAGGUUUAUAUCAGAGAACUGUACUGAAUCCAACCACAAGUCUGCAAAAAGGAGAGCAAACACAAGGAGGAGCAGCAGCAGUAGUGACUUUUCAGCUGAAACGGCUAUCUGUGCAACACUCUAGCAAUGUAACCUACUGUCUUUGUGUCACCGCAUUCACAAAUCUGUCUUGUCAUCUCCAAAAGUCUGCCUAUUUCAGGUUUAAAUGAAAUUGUGACUUGAGAACACCCCAGUCACUUGGUAUUUUAUCCUAUCAUGUUUGCAUAGUAAGACCGAAUGUUUUCUGGAUUGUUUUCUGAUUUUUAUUUUUUUCCUUUCUGAUUUGAAGAUGAUACAAUGCUGGAGUCAGGUUUUUUUUUUUUUCUUCAAGAGAUGUCCGUAAUAUCACGAUUUAGAAUGAGGCCUUGGUGUUGCUAUCAAACUGACAUGAUAGUAACUUUUGCUGUAAACUAAAAAAAAAUGUUCUAUGUCUUUUUUCCCCCUUAAUUUUUUGUCUUGACCUUCAUUUCAUUUGCAGUAGAUGAUUACCCAGCAAGGUAAUUCUCGUGAAAGCUUAUGCUCCCAUAAAACUUGUGUUUCUGAAGUUUAAUUUUGUUGGGUUUGGUUAAUGUAUUGAAGUACAAUAAACCUUUUUUAUAUAUGUGGA